AUGUGACUGAUAACAAGAUCACAUCUGAAUCACUUCCGAUGAAUGAAUUUGAAACCCUCACUGCCAAAUUCCACUUUGUUGGACUUCCAGGAUCAGAGAGAUUAAAAUGAACAGGAGCUACUGGAGAGAGCAACAAAGAAGGAAUUUCUAUCAACUGUGGACUUGCAAGAUGAAAAAUUGUUUUACUAGGCUAUCAUUGGCACUUGGCAAUGUAUUAAGUACCCUGGGAGAUAAGAGUAAAGAGGCCACUCAUGUACCCUAUCAGGAUUCCAAACUAACAAGGACCCCCUGGGGGAAAACAGCUAAUUACCAGGCAGACUUAGCCAACAUUACUUGUGAAAUUGCGAUAAAGCCAAAGCUGAUGGAUGGACUCAAAAACAGUCAGCGAAGGCUGCAGACCCCGAAGAAGCAGUACGAAGAGAAAGUAAUGAUGCUGCAGCGUAAAAUUCGGGAUACUCGGCUCGAAAGAGAUCAAGUGCUUCAGAAUUUAGGCCUGGUGGAAUCUUGUUCAGAAGAGAAAGCCAAAAAAGUUAAAUCUGAAUAUAAGAAGCCACAGACCAUGAGUAACUCCAGACUGCUCAGAAAGAGCAUGCACGUGUGCUGAAAAGUCAAACUCAAUAUGAAAGACAGCUGAAGAAAUUGCAGCAGGAUGCGACAGAAAUGAAAAAGGCAAAGGUAUGCUUAAUGAAACAAAUGAAAGAAGAACACGAUGACAGAAUCUCGAAGAAACCGAGAGAUUGCGCAGCUUAAAGAAGACCAACAGAAACGAGACGUGGGUUGGAGGAUUUUUAACUCUAGGACACUGCUAUCAUUGUGUUAGUGGAAUCAAGCACUUAGAACGGUGCUUUGCACAUACAUCAAUUCAGGCUUUUGGAAGCUCAGAAAAGAAAUCAAGAAGUGGUUUCUUCGACAUAAAACCGAAGAGGUAACAGCUCUUUGGCCGCAAGUAAGACCCAUGUCUGAUAGAGUAGCGGGGAAGGUUAGUCGAAAACCGAGUGCCCCUGAUUCUCCUGCUCAAGACCCGAGUUCCACUGUAGCUGCCGGAGACCCUGAUUCGACUAAGGCUGGAUCCUAACAGAAAAUGAGAAUUCCUGUUGCAAGAGUGCAAGCACUGCCAGCAACUGCAGCCAGUGGAACCAGGAAGAAAUACCUGAAAAGGGGAAUGACCCGUCGAGCGCUCACGUCAAAAACUGUCCGGAUGAAGUGGCAACGACUUGAACGUAGGGUCACAGAGAAUGACAACUUCCGAUAUGGAGACUGAUAAUAAUGAUGGUAUUUGUUAAGCGCUUACUAUGUGCAAA